AUGCAGGGAGAUGGUUCGGAGGGGGCCGAUGAGGAUGAAUGGGGAGGCUUUGGUGAGGAUGAUGAAGAGGAACAAGAUUCCACCACAGUUGUCGCGCAGGCUGAGCAUGGAGGGUCGAAUAACAAGUCAAAGCCUCCCACUGGACAAGAACUCCGGGCCAUACAAGACGCGUCACUUUUAUACCGAUCCAACUCUUUCAAACUACAGAUUGAUGCGCUUCUCCCUAAUGUACGACCAAAAGGAUCCCAAAAAUCCCCACUUGACCAUUUCUUGAUGACGCUGCACACAUUCUUAAGGUCUCUCCCUUCAAUACCAGCUCAACAUCCUCUUCUUGCAUACAAAUCCCUUGGAAAACAAGGUGUCGCUGUACCAUAUACCUUGCCAUUCCCAACGCGGGAAACAAAAUGGAAAGUCACCUUCGAAAAGCCUACUGAUAUCACUUUAGUGGGUAGCUGGGCUAAUAAGAUCAGCGUGAAGGGAAAAGAUGACAAGCAUUUCGGAGUUGAUAUAGCUGUCGAAAUGCCCGAGAGUCUAUUCCAAGAAAAGGACUACCUGGAUGGGAGAUUUUUCUUCAAGAGGUCGUAUUAUUUGGCAACAAUUGCUGCUGCCAUUCAAGACGAAAAAAGUGCACUCAAUGUUGAGGUGUUUUACGAAGCAGCGCUUAAUGAUCCUCGAUUGACGACCAUUGUGCUUCGUCCGCAUAAAGAUGACAGCCAGAGCGAUUUCUCCAACCUACAUGCUCAAGUUCGCAUCAUUCCCGUUCUCCCAUCGCCCUCUCCAAUCCCGUUCCAUCGACUUUCUCCCUCUCAUACUAAUAUCCGAACCAGCUCAGACGACCCUGCGGAGACCCAACUCUCAACCCCCCUAUACAAUACUACACUACUCCUGUCAUCGUUACCUAAAGCGGACCUUCUUACUAAUCACAAGCUGAAGGAAAUAUCUCCCGCUUUCCAGGAUGCUGUUAUGCUUCUGAGAGUAUGGGCGAACCAGCGGGGAUAUGGAGAAGGAUCCCAGCUGUGCGUGAGGGGUUUUGAAGGCAAGGGAUUUUGGUGGGCUGCUUUACUGGGGUUGCUUAUUCUGGGCGAGGAACCAAGCAGCACAGGUAAAACGAACGUCCGUCAAAAGCCUUUGGGGCGGGGGUUGAGUUCAUAUCAACUUUUCAAAGCAGCUCUUUAUUUCCUAUCCAGACAUGAAUUCAGCAAAAGUGCUAUAUUCGUCAAGUCGAGUGAAGGUCACACUUUCCCACCAGAAGAAUACGUUCAUCACCACUCCGCCGUUUUCGUCGAUUCAUCAUCGAGGGUAAAUAUUUUGGCCAAUGUACCUCUGGGUUCUCUUGAAUUGCUCAGACAUGAUGCAAGGAAAACUCUUGAGAUCUUGGAUCAUCCAACAUCCACGUCAGAUGAUCCGUUUACGCAAGUUUUCUUGAGGGAACAACGUCAUUUGUCUACACGGUUUGAUGUCGUCCUUCGCGUCGAGCUAUCACGCGCUAAGCUUUCGUCAUCUGUCGCCAGUUCCUCCGAGUUGGACCACGGUUCAUCGGACAACGCCCUUUUGUCAUCGCUAUCAACUGUUCUGCAUCAUGGGCUUGGUAAUCGUACACAGGCCGUAGUACUUCUUCACCCGUCGUCUGAAGUCAGGCUAAUAUCUGAAGUUUACCCUUCGCGGUUAACCUCCAUCUACGUCGGCUUGAUUUACGACUCGGACCAUGCUUUCAGGCUGGUUGAUCAUGGCCCUUCCGUCGAAGACCAGGAUUCGGAAGAAGCUAAACAAUUUCGUAAUUUCUGGGGAGAGAAGGCCGAGCUUCGACGGUUCAAGGAUGGUAGGAUUACUGAAAGCGUCGUUUGGGAGGUGAAAACGUCAGAUGAACGAGCCCAUAUCCCAAGCAUGGUAGUUCGUCACUUACUGGGACGGCACUUCAGUCUCGUAAACGAGGACAUCCAAACCUGGCAGGCACAAUUCGAUUCAUCACUACACUUUCCCGAUUCAGUCUUGGAUCUCCACGAGUCGUCUCGAGGAUCGACUGGUUUCAAAGCUGCCAUAUCUGCGUUUGAUAAUAUUGUGAAAGGUCUGAAAGCCCUCGAUGACCAACUGCCUUUGGCGUUGCUCAACGUGAGCCCCGUCUCUGAAUACUUGCGAUACACUAGUACAUUCAGUCCACUUCCUAUACCUGCUUCCUCGUCAUUGGCACUUCCUGAACCGUUACGCUAUUUACCGCCAAUGGACAUCAUCCUUGAAUUUGAAAAAUCAGCCAAGUGGCCAGAUGAUUUACGGGCGAUACAAAAAAUGAAACUCGCCUUUUUUGAAAGCAUAGCAACUGUUAUCAUGAAAGCGAUGGGUGGUGUGAAGGCCACUGUGGUUGUCGGGGAGACGUCAACAAAAACGUCUGCCAUUCAAGACCAAGCUUCGCUUGAGAUCAUGACACCCCAAGGCUGGGCAUUCUCUGCACGGAUAUGGCACGAUAGGGAAGCAACGCUUCUUGACCGCAUCAUUAAUGACAAACCACGCAAUCGUAAAGUUGGCCAGAUUACCGACGUCGAGCAUAACCCAGAACUUCACGAAGCGCGACAAGCCAAAGAAUUAUACACCCGCCGUUUCAUUCAUGCUCCUCAACACCAUCGCGCCAUCAACAACCUCUGUCAUCGAUUCACUGCAUUCGCAGGAACUGUCAGACUAGUCAAACGUUGGUUGGCCUCUCACUGGCUCUUGCAGUGCCAUGUCAGCGAGGAGGCAGUAGAAAUUAUCUGUGCACACAUAUUCCUUAGUUCUGAUGGUGUGGGAACGUCCGUGACUGAUGCUAGUGCUUGCGUUCCUAGGAGUAAAGAACGUGGGUUUGCCCUGGUCGUUGAAUACUUGAAGGAAUGGGAAUGGGAGAACCCUUUGUUCGUUCCGCUGUAUUCUACGAAGGAUUCUAUUGUAUCAACGAAACCAACUGGUGCUGUCGUAUCUGCAUCCUCGCGAGGCGUGUGGUUUAUCUCUACAGAACAGGAUACGGAGGGUCGUGUUUGGACUGCUGGUGGACCAGACUUGAUAGUAGCGCGUAGAAUUCGCAGUUUGGCGGUAGCAACCUGGGAUUUUUUGUGUGGGAUUGAGAAUAGCAGUGGCUUUACCGUGAAGGACCUCUUCAUUCACCCUACUGUUCACUACGAUAUCAUCAUUGAGCUAAACUCUAGCGUUCUUCCCCGUUAUUUCCAAAACGUGGUUGCCGACCCUGGUGUCUGGUCAAGGAAAAACGUUUCUCAAGGUAGCGACAUGGGCACUGUGGUGCGCCCAGGAUUCGAUCCUGCCCGACUCUUCUUCAAUGAUCUUGCGCGCACAUAUGGGGAGACAUUGAAGUUUUUCUAUGACCCCUACGGCGGUAACCGCAUAGGAGCAGUAUGGAUACCUACCUUGAAAAAUCCCAGACUGUUUAGAGUCCUAGGAGGAUUCUCCAGUAUACCAAACAAAAAGGAGAAUGAGAAAGCUAAAGAUAAAGGACUAGUCGUUCUUAACGAACGUGCCGUACUGGACGAAAUCGAGAGGCUAGGCGCAGGUUUGAUCGAGAGGAUCGUGCUUCAGAAUUCUUGAUACAUCGUCAUGCGCAUUAGUCUCUCACCAUAUAAAAGCCAGAAAGCACGUCCCGUGCUGAACGCACUCGAAGCUAAAUGCUGAACGUUUUGAUUAAAGCACAUGUAUUAACUUACAAUAUUCAUAGAUGGCUAUAUACAAUAGGAGAUGAAGUAUACGCUGAA